AUGUUUCUUUCAUCGGAUGAGAAAUUACUGCCAAUGUGGUAUCAAAAUGAUACUGGUGGUUUGAUUAUUUGGGAUUAUCAUGUCAUUUUGGUACACAAAAAUUCUGCAACUCAACAAUCAACAGUCUAUGACAUGGACACUCGCUUGGAUUUUCCAUCUACAUUUGAAAGUUAUAUUGUAAAUUCCUUUUUAUUGACCUUCAUGAUAAGGAAUCCAAGUAAGAGACUCUGCGAAUUGAUGAAUUGCUUAAAGUUUAGAAUUGUUCCAGCAUGUGAAUUUUUGAAAUCCUUCAGCUCUGAUCGAUCUCACAUGAUCAAUGAAGAGGGUGAAUACUCUGCAAAGCCACCAAUUUAUCCUCCAAUUCGAGCAGAUCCAAACACAGUGAUGAAUUUGGAUGAUUACAGAUUCAUGGACCGUAUAGACAAGGGUCAAAUUCUUGAUUUGGAACAAAUGUGCGCAUUCUUUGGAUCCAAUUUGGACAUGCUUAAGGACAAGUUUGAUACCUAUUUUAAAGAGUAG